AUGGUACGCAAAGAUGCCGACAGUACAAAUACCAGCACUACCAAGAAACGGAAAACGCAAUCGGCUGCGGCAGGCAGCGCCGUUGCGGGCGAAGGAGCGACGAGCGAACCUGUACUUAAGAAACCCCGUGCAACUAGGGCAGCCAAAGGGAAGGCGAAGGCUGCACCGCUGGAGACGUCGCAUUGGCCGGACUACUUUGACUCUCUGUUUAAAGCUUUGAACACCGUUCUUGCAUUUUGCUCUUCGCGGAAGAACUUUGCGAUAACAUUCCCGGUAGUGCGCCAGUCCGUAGAGGCGCUACUCAAGCAGCCGCUAGACCUGGCCAAGGUCGCCGAAUUGAAAGCACUUUUACCGGAUGUAAUCAGAUUCGCAUACAUCCCGAGGGCAGAAUUACGCAUACAUAGUGACUCGCAACGUCGUGAUCGUUCCCCUGAUUACUCUGCCUUCGAUGUCCAUACGGCGUCUGGCUCGUCGGUUUAUCAAGAGUCAGAUGAAGAUGAGCACGUCCUCGUCCUCGACUUCGUCCAGAAUUCUCGGGGAAAGAAAAGUACAAACCCUGGAUUCAUUUAUGCACUCCCACCAGCGUUGACACCAGAAGCCACGAAGAAGGUGGUUAACAAGCGCAACGAACGCUUCAUCCAAGCAGUUAAUGAGCUUUUGGAGGCCAUUUCGAAGCACGAAGAUCCGGUGGCGCUGCUACAGGAAGCAGCCCGCGAUCAUAUCCCCGUCGAUCCAUCUUCCAGGGCAAAUACCGCACAAUUACAAUUGAAGGCGGGACCGAGAACUGUUCCGGAACCCGCGGAUCGCCCAACCAUCGAUUCAAUCAUUGAAGAAAUUCAGAAACAGGAGUGGUACCAGGAACAGAUCGCCCAUAGGAGGACCGUGGAAGCUAGGGAUGGGAUUGUCGCCGAUCUGGAGCCACCACUUUCAGAAACGGUCUUUGAAGCAUUGCAGAGCUCACGAAAGAUCGCCUCUUUGUAUACUCACCAGGUGGCCGCAAUAACGGCGCUCUCUCGAGGCCGCAAUGUGAUUGUGUCGACUAGCACUGCGUCUGGCAAAAGUGUAAUCUACCAAGUUCCUGUAUUGAGAUAUCUUGAGGAGGACCCUAGCUCCACUGCCAUGUUCAUAUACCCUACAAAGGCUCUAGCACAGGACCAGAAGCUAGCUCUGGAGCAACUUCUGUACUCAUGUCCUGGGCUGGGACAUGUCAAAGUAUUCACUUACGAUGGUGAUACCCCACAAGAACAACGCGCUGGCAUUCGCGAGUUGGCUUCAGUGAUUUUCACUAAUUUCGAUAUGAUGCAUGCGUCAAUUUUGCCGCAUGAAGACCUGUGGCGACGGUUCUUGAAGAACUUGAAGAUAGUAGCGGUAGACGAAUUACAUUAUUAUUCCGAUGUCUUCGGAAGGCGAGUCUAUCUUCAUGUUGCACAGGUCAUGAGACGCUUUCGUAGAGUCUGCGCUGCUGUUGGCAAUCGCAGAUGUCGUUUCGUGUCCUGCAGUGCAACUAUCAGCCAUCCGAAGCAACAUAUGGAGAACAUUUUCGGCAUUGAGGAUGUGGAAGAGAUCACAGAGGACGGGGCGCCUUCUGGACGAAAGGACUACCUCGUGUGGAAUCCCCCGCUCAUAGAUCCUAUGGACGAGAGUUUAGGCAGACGUGGCUCCAUGUCGGAGGCGACGAGAUUGAUGCGUUUUCUAAUGGCAAGGGGCGUUCGUGUGAUCCUCUUCUGCAAGAUCCGGAAGUCUUGUGAGCUGGCAAUGAAGAUGCUGAGAGCGGAACUCACUGCUGACGGUCGUCAUGAUAUCUUGCGAAGGGUGAUGGCGUAUCGAGGAGGUUUAACAUGCUCUUUGCAGGAUCGUCGCAGGAUCGAGAGGGAAGCUUUCUCUGGAAAUCUGUUGGGCAUCGUAGCAACCAAUGCCCUAGAGCUUGGCGUGGACAUCGGUGUACUCGAUGCCGUAAUCAUGUUGGGUUUUCCCAUUGGUGGAAUCGCCAGCUUCCGUCAACAAGCCGGUAGAGCUGGAAGACGUGCGCGAGAUGCGCUCGCGGUCUUUGUAGCCGAUUCCUUCCCAAUUGACCAGCACUACGUAAACAAUCCAGACGAACUAUUCGACAAGCUGACGAACGACCUUGUCCUUGACCUCGAGAGUAAGGUCCUAUUGGAGGCCCAUCUUCAAUGCGCCGCGCACGAGAUGCCUUUGAUGCUUGACGAUGAACAGUACUUCGGACCAACGAUGAAGGAGCUCUGUGAGACGCGUCUUGUCAAAGAUAAGGAAGGGUGGUAUCACACGCAUUCCAAGUUCCUUCCCUUCCCAGCUAAACAUAUCAGCCUUCGAGGAGGCGAAGAAGAGAAAUACAGUGUAGUGGACGUCACGAAAGUUGAAAAGCCUGGAGGUUCCGCUUACAUAUUGGAAGAAAUAGAGCUGUCCAGAGCGCUUUUUGAGAUCUAUGAAGGAGCUAUUUUUAUACAUCAGGGUUUGACAUUCAUCGUGAAAGAAGUUAGUCAUGACUCGAAGAUAGCCAAGCUCAUUCGGUCCGACGUCAAUUGGAUCACUGAACCAAGAGAUUUUACGAACGUGGACGCGGCUCAAACUUAUCGCAUUCGAGAGAUACGAAGAUCGCCCUUUUAUGCUUACUACGGACGCGUUGAAUUGAAGACUGUUGUUUUUGGUACGUUGGUUUUCAGAAACAAAGCCAUCAUCGAUGCCGUUGAUCUCGACACUCCACCGUGGGAACGCCAGAGCACAGGACUAUGGAUGGACGUUCCCAAAUCUACUCUUGAGCUUAUGCGGGAUUCCGGCAUCAACCCAGCGGAGGCGAUUCAUGCUGCUGAACAUGCGUUCUUGAACCGGUUCGCUCUAGCAAAUGACCUAAAGACCGAAUGUAAAGUCGCCGAAAAGGAAUAUAAGGUUGCAACCUCUCAAAGGAAACGCCCAGCGCGUCUCAUAUUCUAUGAACCGACAGGCAAGAACGGUGGCAUUGCUACGACCGCUUUCGACCACGUCUCGGACAUAUUGCAUGAUGCUCUUCGAACUGUCGAAGCAUGCGAAUGCGAGGAAGGGUGCGCACGGUGUAUCGAUAGUCCGUCGUGCAAUGAAGGCAACCUGGUAUCCUCAAAGACGGGCGCUUUGCUCGUCCUCAAGGCCAUCCUUGGAAGGCCCAUCGAUGUCGACCUCAUCCCAGAAUACCCUCCAGAGGUCAACGCGUCCCACAACACCGUCGUCGAGGCAACCGCAGUGCGGGCUGUAGAAGGCGUAGAGGUCGAGAAGGCUUGA